GUUUGGAGUGUUGGCUGAUGGAUUAACUUGAGUAUAGGUAUAGAUAGAAGUAUAUAGCUUUUAUUGUGUGAAAAUUAGGAAAGCAAAUUUAUUCUAAAAUAAUAAACUGAUAAGUGAAGAAAACUUUUAGCUUAAAUGCUUGACCAAAAAUGUACUUUAUGUAGCUGUACCGGGAACCAUUACUAGGACUAAGUUACAUUUUAGAUCUACUUUGACUGGAACCUAUUGACAUUCUGCAUCAACUUUUAUUGAUUUUCUUUAUCUAAUGAAUCUACUAAGAAAUGGUCCAUCUGCUGUAACUGUCCAUCCAUCUGGUGUUGAGAAAACUCUACAUGAACGCAUACAUGAAUUGAAAGGGUGGGAUGGAGACAAGCGGGGAAAAAUGUUUUGGGUUUGGGUGGAUCGUGUUUUAUCUACACAGACUGGUUCAAGCAUCACAUGGCUGGUGGAUUUCAAUAAGUGGGAGCCAUGUGGUGAGAUUUCUUUACAUGUUCUUCUAUAUCAGCUCAAUCUUUGCAUCUUUUCAAUUUAAACUAAAUGUCAUAUCUGUGCUAAUUUAUUUACCUUUUUUGCAUUCAUCUCUGUGGCAAUAAAUGUCUCUCCAACUUGGAAGACCAGUAAUAGGAAUUUACAUGUGAACAUAAUUGCCUUUGAGCCCUUGAUUCCCAUUUUAGUAUAUUUAUAUGGAGACCAAUCCAUGGGUGGUUCUUAAUCUGAUAAAUGCUGCUUUAGAACAAAAGAUUGUUUUAAACCUUGUCAAAGACUUGGAUGCCAUAGCAUUUCAAGAAUACCAAGACUACAGUCCCAAGGGUUAACUUGUCAUCCAAAUGCUUCAUUUUACAUAUUUUCCCAUAUGAGAAAAAAAAAAAAAAUCAGAUUCAGAUAUUAGUUAUAACUCAUAAUAUGUGUACACCAAAGACUAAUUACAAUGUAGCUCAUACUUAGGGCUGUUAAAAGUUAGCUUUUCUGCUGGUAUUCUUGUGCUGAUUUUUGUAGGUAAUGUGCGGUGCUGUUGUGCAACCCCUGAAAGGAUCAAUGCUAACCGAAGAAAGCUAGAACAUUAUAAUGUGCAAACCAAUUAUUCAAUAUGAUUUGCGGCUGCAAGGAUCACGUGGGUUCAUGGAUCACAUGUGUUCAUCAGGAGGCAUACACAACAGACGUGACUGCAAGGAUCGAAAAUGAAAGAGCAUUCAGCCUGGUUGCUCUAGAUUGAUAUCAGAUACUAUCCCUACCCUUUCCGGCAGUAGAGUAUUCAGUAUUCAACUGAAGUAAAUGUACUAAUAAUGUUAAUAUUUCAUUUCUUAUGUAUAAAACUAUACAGAAUCACAAGAUACCAGAGAUCAUUCCCUUCAUAACUUUUGAAUAAUAUUUCUUUAGGGUUUGAACUAAGUUCUCAAACUUAUGGUGGAUAUGAAUAAAUCAUUUACUUUUCU